CAUUUUAUUCUUCUAUUUAUCUUUCUCUUUUCUCUCUUCUCUUCAUUUUUUUUAUUUAUUCUAUAUUAUUUUAUAACAAUAUUAAUAUUAAUAAAUAUUUUUGUCCUUUUCAACGGGACCUACGAUUCAAGGCUGUUCUGCUCUGUCUUUGCUCAAUCAUUACCCAGAAACCCAUUUACUACGAUGGCGAGCCUCUGGCGGGCCGCAAUGGGACAAUGGGAAAAUCAGCCUGAAGACUACGGCGGCGUCGAGUUCUGGUCCGACCCGGAGCGGACUGGCUGGCUAACCAAGCAAGGCGAGUACAUCAAGACCUGGCGACGCCGCUGGUUCGUGCUCAAGCAAGGGAAGCUCUUCUGGUUCAAGGAAUCUACCAUCACCCGCGCCUCCAAGCCACGUGGCAUCAUCCCAGUGGCCUCCUGUCUCACCGUCAAAGGAGCCGAAGACGUUCUCAACAAGCAAAACGCCUUCGAGCUCUCUACCAGGACUGACACCAUGUACUUCAUCGCCGAUUCUGAGAAGGAGAAGGAGGACUGGAUCAAUUCCAUCGGACGAUCUAUAGUUCAGCACUCGCGAUCAGUCACUGAUUCUGAAGUCGUUGAUUACGAUAACAAGAAAUGAAUCUCCAUUUCCGUAAAAGGAAAUAGUUGAAAAUCUGCACCGACGAAGCAAUAGGUGAGUGAGUCGAAGCUCUGAUCGUUUCUGAUUGUCUACGUGCGUGACUUGGAUGGAUUAUGUGUGCAUCUUUCUUUUUGUAUAUUUAUCUACAGAUCAUGUUGUAUCUUGAUUUAUGUAAGAAAUUAUUUUCCCUUUGUUAAUUAUAGUUUUCAAUGUGAAAAUUUUGCCUUCUUGAUUUC